UGCUGCUGCUACUCACUUCUCCAGAACGACGACGUUUCAUCCCCUCUCGCGAUGACCACAAAGCCGUCGUCCCUCUCUCCCUCUCGCACAACCUGCGCUUCUCUCCUCCGCGAAUUGCAGAUAAUUUGGGAUGAAAUUGGGGAGGGUGACAGCGAGAGAGACAAGAUGCUUCUACAGCUUGAGCAAGAAUGUCUCGAUAUCUACAGAAAGAAGGUGGAAAUGACGAGAAAGUACAGGGCCGAUUUGCACCAAUCCUUGGCAGAUGGCCAAGCCCAAAUUACGGCUAUCGCUUCGGCGCUUGGGGAAGCGGCUUCCUACUCACGUGAAAGAGGGACUCUCAAGGACCAAUUAUCUGCCGUAAAACCCAUUUUGGACGUCUUGAGCUUGAAGAAGGAGAAAAGGGUGAAGGAUUUUUCGGCAAUUCAGUCGCAAAUUGUAAGGAUUUCAGCUGAAAUAGCCGGGAAUGGUGUUUCUAAGAAUGUUGGUGAUCCGGGAGUCAAUGAGCGUGAUUUGAAUGUGAAGAGGUUGGGGGAGCUUCAGUCACACCUUGAGGAGCUUCACAAAGAGAAGGUUUUACGUUUGCAGAAAGUCGACGCUCAUGUCAACACCAUCCAUGAACUUUCAGUUGUAAUGUCAAUUGAUUUCUCUAAGACAGUCAAUGAAGUCCACCCAAGCUUGAGCGAUCACUCCUCGGCUCAUUCCAAGAGCAUCAGCAAUGACACACUUGCCAGAUUGACGGCUUUGACUAACUCACUAAAGCAAGAGAAACAGCAAAGACUGCAAAAGCUACAAGAUCUUGGCAGCAAACUGAUUGAACUCUGGAAUCUCAUGGAGACACCAAUUGAUGAACAGAAAAUAUUUGACCAUGUUACUAUGUUAAUUUCAUCCUCAGUUAAUGACGUGUCAAGAGAAGGAUGCCUUUCUCUAGAUGUAAUUGAACAGGCUGAGGUUGAAGUUGAGAGAUUGAAUAUUUUGAAAGCCAGCAAGAUGAAGGAGUUGGUGUUUAAGAGGCAAAAUGAGCUGGAAGAAAUUUACAGAGGGGUCCACAUGGAUGUAGAUAGUGAUGCAGCUAGACAGAUUCUCAGCAGGCUCAUAGAUUCUGGUAAUGUCAAUUUGUCUGAUCUGCUUUCAAGCAUGGAUGAUCAGAUUAUAAAGGCCAAAGAGCAAGCUCUAAGCAGGAAGGAUAUUUUGGACAAGGUAGAGAAGUGCAUAUUUGCAUUUGAGGAGGAAAAGUGGCUUGACGAAUAUGAAAAGGAUGAAAAUCGCUACAGUGCAGGAAGAGGAGCACACAAAAAUUUGAAGCGUGCUGAGAAAGCUCGGAUUCUGUCUGGAAAAAUACCAUCUAUCAUCGAAACUUUGACUGCCAAAGUUAAAGCCUGGGAGAUCGAGAAAGAAAUCCCUUUUUUAUAUGACAAGGUUCCUCUGUUACAUACCUUGGAGGAGUACACUGCACAACGACAGGAGAGAGAAGAGGAGAAGCGUAAAUCUCGGGAGCAAAAACGGCUUCAAGAGCAACAUAAUGCAGAACAGGAGGCACUCUUUGGUUCAAGGCCUUCUACAAAGAAGCCACUGGGACAGAGCACCAAUGCUAACACCAUGGUCGGCACACCAAUUAGUCGCCGGACGCCCUUGGGACGUCACGGAGUCUCAGCUGGGAAGGAACGCAGAGAAAGUGGAAGGGUCCAUAACCUAACCCCUGUUAACUACGUUGCUCUGCCAAAGGAUGAUUCAGUUUCUCGGAGAAAUUGAGGGUCAUCUGUUGCCUUGAAAUAGGUUGUAAAUGAAUACAUAUUUUUAAUUUUUAAUUUUUUGUUCAAUGCAAGUCUACAUUAUCACAUGUUCAGAUAUU